GCAGAACAACACUGACACCAGGACAACUGCUUGAUCUUAACCAGACACACUACAACAACUUCUAUUCUACUGACUUUAACAGAUUUUCCUUGCUUCAGAAAACAAAAGAUGGAAUCCGAGAUGAAAUGCAACGUGAGCGAGAUGUGGAGCCCCAAGAUGCCCGAAGGACUGGACUUUGAGAUUUCCCAUCACCCGCUGACAAUGAGGCACGUGGUCAACCUCAUCGUCGCCAUGGAGAAGUUUAAGGGCAGCAGCUCAGAAUCCCUGAUGAGCAGUGAAUUCAGAGACGAGGACCUGCUCAACAUCAUACUGGAUGGCAUCGUGGAAGAGGAAAUUGUGUUUGAGCGUGGUUCAGCUCCACAACUUCAGAUCAGCUGGACGGGCGAGGAGCAGUACAGCAUGUACGACGGAGAGAAGAGGAGCUUAGUUCAGGUCCAGAACAGCAUGGAGCUCCACGCAGUGAUGCUUCAGGGAGGCGCUGACCCCAAAAAAGUUCUCCUGAACAUGUCGACAUACUUGCACCCUGCACCCAGCGUCGAGGGCAGAACGGUGGCUCUGGGCAUCAAGGGCACAAAUCUUUACCUGAGUUGCCGCAAAGAUGGUGCCGAGCCAACUCUGCAUCUGGAGGCGGUGGAGAACAAGAGUCUGUUGAGCGGAUUGGGCACGAGCAUCAGCAUGGACAGCGACCUGGUGAGAUUCCUCUUCUACAGACAGGACACCGGGGUGAACAUCAGCACCCUCAUGUCCGUCGCCUACCAGAACUGGUACAUCAGCACGGCGCAGCAGGACAACAAGCCGCUGGCAAUGUGCCUGGAGUCCGCCACGCGCUCCCGAAUCUUCAGCAUCCGAGAGGAGGUUGAACGUCAAAUUUAAAAACCUGCCAAAGACGCCCAAAGUGGAAUGUGGAUCUGCAUCUGGGGGUCAAGUUUGACCCUCUGAAGAAGACAUUAUUUUGGGGGUAUUGAACAGAGCGUAAUAAUAUACUGCACUUCAGCUAUUUUGAUUCAGAAAAGCAACAAA